AUGAACAAAUCCCAAGCCCAGUUGGGCAGUCUGCCACCAGUUUACGAACAAUUUCCGGACGAAACGACUCCUCUGCUUCCAGAUUCCUCAGGUCGCUGCAAUGAACCCCGAUCAGAGUAUAUCAAAUGGCUAGGCGAAAUGUGGUUCUUGACAAAGGCGUCUAUUCCCGUCAUUCUCGCCUACAUGCUUCAAAACAGUCUACAAACAACAUCUAUCCUGAUAGCAGGACGCCUGUCAUCCGAAGCCCUAGCCGUCUCUGCCUUUUCCUACAUGUUCGCCAUGGCAACCGCAUGGUUGAUCGCUCUCGGUGGAACUAGUGCACUUGACACGUUGGCAUCAAGCAGCUUCACCUCUUCAAAAGACAAGGGUAAUUUAGGGAUUCUUCUUCAAAGAGGUAUACUCAUCCUCACCGGCUUCUACGUGGUGAUAGUUGUCAUUUGGUGUUUCUCCGAGCAUCUUUUCCGCGCACUUGGACAGCCAGAGAAUAUUUCCGUACAAAGUGCCAAGUUUCUCCAACUUCUUGCCCCCGGUGGUCUCGGCUACGUCUGGUUUGAAUGUAUGAAGAAGUUUCUACAGGCUCAAGGAAUAUAUCGACCCGGAACAUAUGCUCUUAUGGUCACCUCUCCUUUGAAUGCAGUCCUCAACUAUCUCUUCAUCUACACUUUUAACUUCGGAUUAUACGGCGCUCCCAUGGCCACAGGCAUCUCGUAUUGGCUUUCCUUCCUCCUCCUGGUAGCCUAUGCUGCAUUCAUUGAAGGGAGGGACUGCUGGAGCGGACUCAAUUUGAGAAAGGCGUUGUCAAACUCUUGGCAAUUUGCCAAGCUUGCUCUUUUAGGUUUCAUUCACGUUGGAACCGAGUGGUGGGCAUUCGAAAUUGUUGCCCUCGCUGCUGGUCGACUCGGCACGACUGCUCUUGCAGCUCAGUCCGUAGUAAUGACGGCCGAUCAAAUCAUCAACACUAUUCCGUUUGGUCUAGGUGUUGCUGAAUCAGCACGGUUGGGUAAUCUGUUAGGAGCCAAGAAUUCUAAAGGGGCGAGGCGUUCGGCACAUAGUGCGGCUGUCCUCUCCGUUAUUUUUGGCUCCAUCAUCCUCACCGUUUUGCUUGCGACCAGGGACAAUAUUGGAGGGUUAUUUAACGAUGAUGAACGAGUCAUUAGACUUGUUGCUGAUAUAAUUCCCUAUGUAGCGUUGUUCCAGAUCGCGGAUGGACUGAAUGGCAGCUGUGGUGGUGCCUUGAGAGGUAUGGGACGUCAAUGGGUCGGAGCAGUUGUCAACUGUGUAAGCUACUAUGGGGGUGCUCUUCCUGCUGGUAUUUACCUCGCCUUUCAUGGAUGGGGUCUUGCUGGUCUCUGGGUGGGACAAUGUGUGGCGCUUUCACUUGUUGGUGUUUUGGAGUGGAUUAUCGUGGGGUUGAGCAACUGGGAGGAUGAGGUGCAGAAGGCGGCGGAUAGAUUAGGUGAGGAAGAUGGAGAGCAAAGUGUUUUGCCUAGUUAG